CCAUCUUUAAAAUACUGUGUUUUUUACUUUUACUUUUUUAUUCGGUGGACGAUUGGCAGCGGUGCAAGAAUAAUAACCCGGCAAGGAGUCGCCGUUUCGAUCUCCACUAUGGGCCAGCGUUACUUAAUCACUUUAUGUGCUAUGAUGCUCGUCUCGGUUGGCUAUUGCCAAACUGAAACGGAGCCCCCAACUACCGCGACGACUAAAUCUCCGGCUACCACCACUGUGGUGACUUCUACCACCACCGCGGCUUGGGAGACUGAGACCCUGAAUGAGGGGCAGGCCAUACAGAAGGCGCUGCAGUAUCUACUGCAGCAUCGCCAGCCAGAUUGGGGCUGGGGAAAUGACACGCACCAUGUUAUGCUGACACUGCAGUUGGCCAAUAACACUGGUAAGGAGAUUGAGCAGCAGGGUCUGGAGAUGCAGCUCUCAGCCAAGCAGAUGGAGAUCGAGAUUCUGCUAAUGAUGUCAAAACAUCACGAGUCUCCUCCUCCAUUGGGCCGCCUCGCUGCCUACACCCUGGCUCUCGGAGCUCUCUGCAAGGAUCCUCGGUCCUUCCACGGCCGAGAUCUAGUGGCUGCCCUCCUCCAUCGAGAGCCUCCCCAUGAUCUUGAGUUCGCCUACGCGACACUGGCUGCGUGUUCCUCAGCAGCCCAUGUUCGUCGCCGCCAUAUUCGAAGGCUCUUGGACAUUGCCAACGCUGCUUCUGACCAUAGUCUUGACACGAUCUCAAUGGUGAUCUUGGCGCUGCGCUGCGUGGUUCAGGACCACCGUCACCGCAGCCUCAUCCACUUCGUGCGCCGCCCCAUGGCUGGACUCGCAAGGCAACAACACACUGACGGCAGCUUCGGUACCCUUACCACUACCGCCUUGGCAAUUCAGGCCUUGGAAGAUUCUGAGUCAGGACCAGGAGCGCAUCAGCACUGGAGUUUCCCAGCGGCGCGCAAGUGGUUGGUGGAGAGGCAGCGAAGUGACGGUGGCUGGGGAGACGUGGCCAGCACUGCUGCAGCCGUGGCCGCCCUGACACCUGCCUCGCUGGCUGCUGUCCGCCCGCCACACUGUGCUGACAAACUCCUUGACAGCCGUCACGAACCUCUCGAUAGCAACGGUGGUGAUGGCACCCUGAAGCUGGCCUACCAAUCAGGCAGUACCAGCAACGAAUCGGAUGCUCGCAACGUAUCCUUCACUUACACCCUGUGGGUUGGAACCAAUGUCACCGAAAAUUAUACUUUGCACAUGGUCGCUCCCAGGAACAUAUCAUUCUUCCACGUGAUGCAAAUGGCAGCGGAGAUGCACCCAAAGUUCAAGUUUGAGGCGAGUGAGUGGCCCAACGGUCACUAUGUGCAUACGAUCGCGGGCCACAAGGAGGAACCUAUGGGUUAUCACUACUGGCUGCUCUACCGUCUGCCCGAGAAACCUGAUCCCGCCAGCCCUCCUGGCAAUCAGCUCGUCGCUCCAGUCGGUGUGGACGACUUAUUAGUUGAAGACGGAGAACAUUACCUGUUCUGGUACAAGAAGUUGUAAUUCUUCCACUGAUAUUACCCCAUCAGUUACCGCAAUGAUUGUUUAACUUCUGUCAUCGUAUAAUACCUUUGUUCCAUCUUCUCUUUUAAUUUAAUCUUUCUGUUCAAUCUGUCUAAAACUUAGCUGUAAGAUUCGCAGUCAUAAUAUCGUACGUAUUUCAAUAGGAAUAAUAGUUUUUAGGAGCAUAUUUAUCAAAUGAUUGUACCUUUAAUAAUAUAUUAACUCUGACUAUUUUUAACUUUCACAAUUUAGCUGUGGUCAAUUCUUUAAUGUUACUAGAAAUUUCAGGUUUCCUUACUGAACAUACGAUAAAUUUACGUACGCCUAUUUAUAUUCCAAACUUCAUAAAUACUUGUGAUUACUACUGGAGGUACUCAUAAUUGGUCCCAUUAUAGUACCCUGGGGAACUCUUACUUUGUCAGUGAAAUGUUAAUGUGGCCUUUAUUAUCUGAAGCUGACCACAUAGACUAAGUAGGUCCCAUGGCGGACACUCAAUUUAAUGUUUACUUAAUAACGCAUUAUAUUUUAGAAACAAUCUGUAUUCGAUAAUAUCAUAAUCAAUAAAUGAUAUCAUUAGAAAAAGUUAUCUAAGAUUUCCAUAUUCUCAAUGAAGACACUGUUUUUGUCGGCAAUACUUUGCAUGUGUUUGUUAGCAUGUACUAUAGCAUUUAGAUCAAUGUUAAGAUUCAUGUUAAAAUAAGCGAUUCUCAACUUAAAACAUUUUUAAUACCUUAACAUCGAGUUUAUGGAAAAAUGAAUGAUAAUAAUCACAUAAUUUAUAGAUAAACCAGGAUAAACUAUUCAAUAUAUUACAGAAUUUGAACAGAUUUCGUCAUAAAACUGUUAAUGGAAUAAAAUGUAUACUUAAUAGGGACUACAAGAAACAAACUACUCGUUUUAUCGUCUGUCCAAAGGAAUGCAAGUAAUUCAUAGGUCACGAAUAUGAAUGACAAGCGAAUGAUUGUUCAUAUUUCCAUAAACUGAUUGUCGAUUAUAAUUCUAGUUAUUAUAUUAUUAUACUGUGUAAUCUCGGAAACAAUAGAUUUUAAAACUAAUCAUUUUAGACGAGACUGAACGCAGUGUUAUCUAAUUGAAAUGCGUUAGAAUAACAUUUUUAUUGUACCUAUUGAAUGGUUCUUAAUAAAGUACGAAAAUAC